AUGGAUUUCAACGAUAGCAGACAUUUUUCCAUGAAUAGUGGCGAUGGACCUCUCAGCUACGUCAAAAACUCAUCCUAUCAGAGAGGAGUAUUGGAAGCUGCAAAGGCAAUCAUCGAAGAAGAAAUCGCCACAAAAUUAGAGAUUUCAACUAAUAGCUUCUUCUGCAUCGCCGAUUUCGGGUGCUCAACCGGAAACAACUCAUUUCCGGCCAUGCACACGAUCAUCGAAGCCAUCAAACGGAAAUACGAAUCCUCGGAACUCAAAACCCCAGACUUCUACGUGUGGUUCAACGAUGUCGUCUCCAACGACUUCAACACCCUCUUCCGUUCCCUCCCACCCGAUAGGAGCUACAAGGUAGCCGCGCUAGCAGGAGACUUCCACGGCUGCCUUCUCCCGCCAUCGUCCGUCCACUUUGCGUACUCUUCUUACGCGGUCCACUGGCUGACGGAGGUGCCCAAGGCGGCCGCAGGCUUCAAGAGAAUGUACGGUGUUGAGAAAGGAGAGGUUUAUGAAGCUUAUUUGAAUCAAUUUGAGAGGGAUUUGGAAUUAUUCUUGAAGUGUAGGGAUGUAGAAAUGGUGAAAGGUGGGAUUAUGGCUCUUCUAAUUCCUGCACUGCCUACCUCUUGGGACCCACAAAAAGAGUUCACUGUUGCUUCAGUGAUCGAACUUCUCAGAUCUUCCCUAGUCGAUAUGGCCAAGAAGGGAAGAUUGAGUGAGGCAAAGUUAGACGCAUUCAACUUUCCAUACUACGUUCCCACUUCGGAACAGGUGUGGGCAAUAUUGCAAAAGAGCAAUAGCUUCAGCAUAGAAAGAAUGGAGAUUUUGAAGAGUGGGACAUUGCUCACUGUUGAUGGCCACGUUGCAUGUUUUAGGGCAGCUCAUCAAAAUAUGCUUACACAUGAGUUUGGAGCUGAAACCAUCGAUGAAUUGUUCAUCUUGUUUAAGAAGAAACUUCAAACUUCGCCGGUUUACGCAUAUCCUUCUAGUGAUAGAACUGUUGUGGUCGUUGCUAUCCUCAAAAGCAAAAUUGUUUAG